AUGGAUCAGGUUGUCUCUGGAGUUCUAUUCGGGAAGCCUAGAGGCAUCAGUCACUUUUCAACCAAACCCAACAGUCAACCGAACAGUCCAGACUUCACUCGUGACCUAGCGAUGCACCCACAUUUGAGACCAUUCGCAAAGCAGCAGAAGCAGCAGCAUAAAACACUAUCCAAAGCAGCGCUGCUUGAAGAGCUCAUGGAUCGCAAAAGCCGCUUCGACCCCCGACUCUUCUGGCAUGUCGCCUCCGUAAUGCCCUGGCAUCCGCUCUACGGCUUUCCACCUCAAACUCCCUUCACGGUCGCCCCUGGUUGGGAGCAAGAACCUCGGCAGACCUUUUGGCCACCGGCUAGCACUUCUCUCCAACAGACGAUGUCGCAAGAGAGCCAAGCCGAUGGUUGGCCUAGCCCUCAUACCACUCCUCCUGCACAAGGCUCAUGGGACGUACGAGUCGACGCUGCAGGAAAUGACAACGACCCUAGCGUUGGCUCCGUGGCUGAACACAAUUCCACCAGAUGUUAUUCCCACUCAACAGGUGUUGUUCCCACCGCUGUGGUGCUCCAGAACUGGUCACGACUCCUCCAGGACGCCCUUCAGUUCUUUGAAGAGUGCGCCCAACAGCAUCGCACCGAUGUCGAGAAUCUAGCCUAUCUGGAUGUGGAUUGCCGCAACAAGCUGUGGAGCAGUCUGAUGGCCUCACGGCUCAAGGAUAGCGAGUUGCAUAAGCAUCUGUUCUUGAAUCUGGCGCUCGACGUUGAGGGUCACGUCCAGCAGGCUUUGCGAUCUGCCGAAGCGGGCAUGGAGAGUGAGUCUGACGAUCAAAACAAGUAUGAAAAGAGCCAAAAAGCCGCUCACGAGCUGAGAAUCCUGGGGGCGAGAUCACGAAGGGUCACCGAGCUCCAUGCGGGGGCAUCAGCAAGCUUCAACAAGUUCAAUGCCAUGGUGGGCGAGAUGACUAUGAUGGUGGAAGGCAUGAAGAUACUGGAGGGCGACGACGGCGAUCCCCCUGAGGGAUAA